AUGUUCUUACAAUUAAUUGUGAUUACAUUUGUUUUAACCAAUGCAAAUGCUUUGAAUAAGAUCGUUACAUUUCCAUUUUCCAUAACGUCUCGUUUAGACUCAGCCAGUUUCUAUCGGUAUAAGAACCAAUCAUUUUGUUUUACAACUUUUACUGAUACAGCCAAUUCAAAAAACGACAGUUCGGAUCAAAAUGAAUUGGCCAUAGCUCAGGAUGCUUCGUUCCUAUCGUAUUCUGCAGAAUUCUUAUCAAUCAUUGGUUCGAAUCCAGAUCUGAAACUAAUCCAAGAACAACCCGCAUCGGCAGAAACACAAUUUGCACAUGAAGGUGGUGCAUAUAUUCCUGAAACGAACGAAGUUUGGUUUACUGCAAACCAACUACCAAAACAGAAUACCAACAUAUAUAGCAUCAAUUUGAAAACCAAUCAAAUCACGCAAUUGAAUAUUCAACCACCAAUCAUUACACCAAAUGGAGUCAAUUAUUUCAAAGGUUAUGUCUAUGUAUGUUCUCAAGGAAAUACAACAACGCCAGCAGCUAUUUAUGCAGUCAAUCCGACAACUCAUUCCAGUAGAAUAGUGGUUAACUCAUGGUUUGGCUAUCGCCUUAACUCACCUAAUGAUGUUACUUUUACAACGAAAGUUCUCGGAAAGAAAUUCAUGUGGUUUACCGAUCCUCAAAUUGCGUUUAUGCAAAAGUUUUCCGGUGUGCCACAAUACCGAAGUACCGUAUUUCGCUACGAUAUGAUGACAUCCGAAUUGCGUCCGGUAAUUACUGAUAUUAUUAUACCAAAUGGUAUAGCGUUCAAUCAAGAGGAAAAUGUUUUAUACGUCACUGAUACAUCGCCCGACACAGAUACAGCAAUUGUAUACGCAUACGAUGUGAAUAAAGACGGAUUACCAAUCAAUCGUCGAGUGUUUUCUGUGAGUUCAAUCGGAUUACCAGAUGGCAUUCGAGUUGAUCGAAACGACCGAGUAUGGAUCGCGGAAGGUGAUGGCAUUAAUGUUCGAGAUCGUACUGGUGCAUUAUUAGGAGUAAUAUUAAGUCAUGGUUUGAGCUUGGCAGGUGUGAUCAGUAAUUUUGCAUUGACAAAGAAUACUGUUGUUAUUCUCGCGCAAGAAACCGUGUGGCGAUUAGAUUUACCAGUAGAUGUUUUGUAA